UAUACUUCUUGCAAAGAAAUCCUUCAAAUUUGAAGCAAUAAAACGACUUGAUUGACAACUAUCACACGAAGUAAGCUUUAGGUCGACAAAUUAAAUAACCACGGCACAGCGCUCUGGCGUCGUAUUAAAAGCUUCAAACUGGCUUUGUUUGAUAUCUUAAGUUUUCUCAUCUCACGCAUUGUUGGUUUCUAAAGCCACGUAUUAACUUGCUGGACAAUUACUAACCAGACCAUCGUGUUUAACAAAUAAGCUGUGGAGUAACUUUAUCUUAAGUUGUGUGGAAUUACAUCAUGAUGUGGUUUCUUUUAGAAAUAAGAAGUUUUAUCAUGUGAAGAAAAAUAUCUUAUUCAAGUUGUCAUCUUUAAUGAUCGUUUAUGGUGAUUCGUUUAACCAAGUUUGAGGUUUUAAAUCUACAUUUCAGUCCAUCUGUCCGUUAUCCUCCCUGAAAAUUUUGACCAUGUAGUGGAAUCAUCGCUUUGAAGAUUUGAGAAGUAAUCAACCGUGUUCUACGCCAUGGCUUCUGACGAGCUGCAAGAAAAAGCAAAUUUUACAAGACUCAGUAAACUUUUAGUUGACAAAGGAACUGAGGCUUUGAGAAAUACAUUUGAUACCAUCCAUCUACCUGUUAGUCUACCCGGAGUUCUAUAUAGAAACAAAAGAUCUCUUCAAAAGUUAAAACCUCGGGUUAUUAAUAUUUCGCAGUGGGAUUUACUGUUUCCUCCGUCUGGCAACCCUCCAGAUUCCAAAACCUUUGAUGUCACAUUACUUACAAUUCUACUCCGGAACAUUUGUGGUUUUCCAUCAACAGGAUGGAGUGUAAUGCCUCCGGAUACUGAUAGAUCAACGCAAGCGAAUAUCACAAGAAUCAAGUGUUACCGAAAUGACGUUAUUGCACAUGUAACAACAACUCGAGUUGAGAAUUCAACAUUUCAAUCUUUAUGGAAGAAAAUUGCCCAGACAUUGGUAGAAUUGGGAAUUGCACAAAGCGAUGUCGACGAUUUGGAAAAAUGUCCUUUAGGACCCGAAGAAAAAAUAUAUGUGCAAAUGCUUAAAUAUUGGGAAUUGCGAGAAGAUGAGUGUAUUAAAAAGCUUCGAACAAUUGAAUGUUCUGUAAAUCAUUUAACACAAGUCGCUGAAGAAACGCGCGAUGGACUAAAUGAAUCGCGCGAUGAAGUAAAAGAAACGCGGGAAGCAGUAUAUAAAACGCACGAUGCAGUAAUUGAAAUCCGCCAUUCAUUGUCCAAACGAUCGGUAUCAAUACCCGGGGACACCAUUCCUAAAAAAAAAUCCCGCAUGGAAAGUGAUGAAGAUUUAUUACGAAAACUUGCUAAGCAUAAUUUCAGGAAUAAAAUUCAAAGAAAAGUAGAAUUUUUCCUUCCUGGAACAAGACAGUGGCUGUUAAAGGAAGUUGACGAAUGGUUUUGUAGCAGUAAGAGUGAUUCACGCAUAAAGUUAAUAACAGCUGGACCAGGAUUUGGUAAAAGCGUGUUUGCCGCUAAAAUCUGUGAAGAUUUUGAGAAGAAUGGAAAGCUGGCUGCUUGUCACUUUUGUGAUUUCAGUGACUCAAACCUAAGAGAUCCUAUGGUGAUGCUCCAGUCUCUCGCAAGUCAGAUGUGCAAGAGCAUCACUGGUUUUAAAAAGCAGCUCCUUGAUCAGUUACAGCGACCGCACCAAGUCAAAAACCUCAAAGAUGCCUUCCAAAUAUAUUUGCAAAAUCCCUUAGCUGAACUGGAAAUAAAAGAGCCACGUUUAGUCGUGAUCGAUGGCUUGGAUGAAAGUGCUGCAGAUAAUAAGAAUGAAAUUACGCAUUUGAUUGCUGAAUAUUUUCCUGAUCUUCCCGAGUACAUCAAAAUCUUGGUGACGAGCAGGCCAGAAAUUUCCGUUGCUGAUCUGAGACUAAGAGACGAUCAAAAGACAGACAUUUCCAAUGUUGAUGACAACAAUAACUUAGAUCUUGAACUUUAUUUUAAAGAAUGUUUCCCAAGUUUAGUCCGCAAGCAAAAUAAAUUACUUUCCAUUUUUGUUGCCAAAUGCCAAGGCUCAUUUCUCUAUGCAUAUCACUUUCAAUCUGGGCUAAAGGCUCGCUAUGAUCUUAAGAAGAUAACAAAUAAUGACGUCAUAGGGUUUCUCCCAGAAGGUCUGCAUUCUGUUUACGAACGAUAUUUUAAACGCCUUGAAGACGAGCUUAACACCAUAAAACACGAAAAGUUUGAUGUGUUGAAUAUUUUUGCAAUGCUCGCUGCUUCCGAAGGACCUCUUCCCCUAACUUUCGUCGCUCAGGCUUUUGGUUUAGCUCCAGAUUGUCGCGAAACGAAAGACAUCAUCAACAAAAUUAAUGAAACCGUAUCGUGCUUGUUGUACGUUUCAAAUGACAUGGUAACCGUUUUUCACAAAUCCUUUAUUGAUUGGCUUCUAGCAAAGGGCUACAAAGAUCACCAGUAUACUGUCAAGGUCGAUGAUGGACAUAGAUCGCUUUGGCUUUUAUGUGAAAAGGUUUUUAAAGAAAUUGUGGAAAAUGUUCGCUCAGGACGUGAGGUGAAGUUUACUCAUGACGUAAAAUACGCUCUAAAAUAUGGUUUAAAACAUCUAGAAAAGUGUAAAAUGGAAGAAGGUGUGUUUUGGUCAGUUGAUGUUAUUAUCGUAUGUUAUAUGUUAACUGUAAUAAUCGAUUUACGUGAUUUGCUGCGUCCCUGGCUCACAUUACUGCAAUGUUCCUGGAUUAAAAACGAAGUUUUACGCGGCCGCAUUUCGUACCAUGUCAUUGAAUUUGAGUCUUUUGAACUUACCCUGGAACCCCUGUAUGAAUAUGGCGAUUAUUUAGAACAAGUUCUUUCGGCAAUAUUGUCACAAUGGUAUUUACAAGCGGUUCUUACCCGUUCUCCAGAAGGUUAUUUCAGCGAUAAUGAGAAGAAAAUCGCUGAGACGCUACUAUCAAACCUUUCACCUUUUGUCGAGUCGAAUUCUUACGAUGUUUCGGUUCUGCCGCGAGCAGUCUGGGGACACAAUCACGUUGGUUUUAUUACAGCUGUUGCUUUAUCUAACGAUAAGAAAAGUGUAGCAAUUGUAGUACAUAAUUUUAUCGAUGUGAUAUCCCUACCAAGCUUAGUUGAAAUAAUGAGUUAUUCAACAAAAUUGGAAACUAUUCCAUGCUGUACAUUCUCUCCAGACGAUUCGCUCAUAUUAUUUGGUAAACUUGAAACGGCGUUUAACAUUGCUAGAAGAAAGGAAGUUCCAUUUUUCCCUGGAAAUGAUGAGGAGUUCGCGUGCUGUAAAUUUUCCCCUAACGGCAAAAGACUGGUGACUAGCGACGGUUCAAACAGCAUUAAACUAUGGGACGUUGCUAAACAAACGCUGCUGUCGUCGCUUUGUGCUGGAUUUCCCGUUCGUCGGUGUUCUUUUAGCGUCACAGGGUUAUUUAUUAUUGGAAAUUCUAAAUCUCAAUCUUAUCCGGGUUAUUCGUUGUGUGUUUGGAACGCCAUCACAUUGCAAAGAAGUGAUAAGCGAAAAUUAUCUCACGGGGAAAGGAAGAAACCAGUUGUGUUAAAGAGUAGGAAAUGUGAACGAUGUUUUCAGCGGGGAAUUAGGAAACCAAAUUCUAAACGGUUAAAAAUAUGGAAACGUUGGAAUUAUCCUAAUACAAUUUCUUGUCCGUGGAUCUGCAAAGGUGUGGAGUGUAAUUUUUCUUGGGAAGAAUUUUGUUAUUCGACUGACACAGAAAGCAUUCCUUUGACUGCGAUUGUUGCUUGGAACUAUUUUGCUGCCGCCCCUGCUCACCGUUUUUACUCUCAAGCAAUUAAAAUACCAGCUUUAGAAUAUAAUCUGUGGCUCUAUUCAGAUUAUGAAAAACUAAUUGUCUUUAAGACAUUAGCUCCUAAACAAGAGCAAUCCUGUCUGUCACAGCUAACGAAAGUUUAUUCGAGUUCGUUUUCUCCUGACGGCUCUCGACUUGCAUCCUGCAACUCAGAUGGAUAUAUAAACGUAUGGAAUGUCUAUACCAGCCAAGUUGAACAACGUUUUAAAAGCAAUCAAUGUGGGUCAAGGUUUUUAUGCUGGUGGUCGGAAAAUUUCUUGUUUGUUAUUAGGGAAUCUAUUGACGAGAUUCCCAAAUUAAUGCGAUACCCGGUAGAUGACAAUCUAGAGAUCUUGUUUACUGACAGCAAGGACGUGGCGUUAGAGAAUUUUUCUGAAGACUUGUCUGAGUUCAGGCAAGAGGGCUGGUUUCGUUUCCUAGAUUUAGAGGUUGGUUUUUCUGAAGGCUUUGUCAGCUUUGCGCUCGGAGGCUUCAAACCCGCGAUAGUUCUCGAUGUCAGAGAUGUUGAUGGUCCUGUAAUGCUCAAUUUGCCUGGAAUUGAGCCUGAGAUGAAAGUGGAAAUCUCGCCUGGUGGUGCCUUUAUCUCUGGUUGUAAUAAGAAUAAAUGUUAUAUUUGGAAACGAAAUACCGAAAAACCAAUUUCGUAUGAAGUCUUUCAUCACCGUGAUGAUGUUCGCGGGACGUCAGUCGCAGUUUUCAGUUAUGAUUCCAAAGUCGCUGUAGUCAUGGAGAGAGAUAAGCGUGAGAUAAUUGAUUUGAACACUGGUGAUUCUCGAAAUAUAGCUUCUAAAUUCAAGUCCUCUUAUGAUUUUAGCGAGUCAUUUUGUAUUCACAAGAGUAGAAUUAUAUUAACUAUAUCUCGUCACCUGAUAACAUUUCUUGACAUGGACUCUGGCGCGAUUCUCAACACUUCCUAUCAACGAUACUUGGAGACUUUUAUGCCACGCCAAAGAAUUAAACUUUCCCCAAAAGAGGACGUGCUGGCUUUUCCUGACUACAAAGGUGAUAUGGUGUUUCUUCGACUGUCUAUUCCACAAAAUCCUUUGUUGGACGAUAUUAAGCGACGGACAGUUGCUUUGUUGGACGAUAUUAAGCGAGGUGCUGUAGUCAAUCCUUUCUUUAACCGGAAUAAAGUCGUCUUGCGGAAAAAGCUUUAGACUACUUUUAGCGCAAUCUACACAAAGUUUUCUUAAAUGUUUGGUUCCUCGCUGGUUGUUUAUACCCAUUAAAUGAGAAUGUCUAAUAACUAUAAAUGUUAUAUUUGGAAAAGAAAUACCGAAAAACCUACUUCCUAUGAAGUCUUUUAUCACCGUGAUGGUGUUCGCAGAAAAUCAGCUGUAAUUUUCAGUAAUGACCCCGAAGUCGAAGUAGUAGUCAUGGGCGACAGUAGUAAUGAUCAGAGUCAGAUAAUUGAUCUGGGCACUGGUGAUUCUCAAAAUAUAGCGUCUAGAUUCAAUUUUGCUCAUUCGUUCACCAGGUCAUUUUGUAUUCACAAGAGAGGAAUUGUAUUAUAUAUAACUUUAUUUGAUCAGCUGAUAAUAUUUUUUGACAUGGACUCUGGCGCGAUUCUCUACCAUACCUACCAACGAUAUUUAAAGGUUUAUGAGUCAGGACAAAGAAUUAAGCUUUCCCCAAAAGAGACCAUGCUGGCUUUUCCUAACUACAAAGGUGUUAUUCCACAAAAUCCUUUGUUGAACGAUAUUAAGCAACUAGCAGUUGAUGGACCAUUUUAUACUUAAACAAAACAAUGAUGAUAUCUUCAAUACAUCUGUAGUAUUUUUUAUAGAAAAAAAUCUGCAAACUUUUUAAUUCCCAAACGCUAAGUUCCCAUUAAAUCCCGUUCUCCACUUGCAGAAUUUAUUCGCGCGAACGUACUGAUACAGAAUUAGAAAGGGAUCCUACAUUUUCGCGGCGAAUUUCUUCGCAGACCAAUCAAAUCACCGCUUUUUAGAUUCCGGUUCGCGUCGCGCGAAUAAAUUCCCCGAGUGGAGAUUCAGCUGAUGUGAAUAUUUUCUAUGAGAAUGAAAUAUCUGUAUAAGGCAUACGAAUGGGAGAGCUUUGUUUUGUUAACUAAUAAAACGUGGUGUUUUUAAUAAACGAACACGCAACUAUAUUGAUCUGUAAGCAAACUAAUAUCAAGUGUUGAAAUAGGAUAUUAUGACUUAGAAGGUGUCUGGUGCACACAAGUACAUAUCUGCUUGAUAUUUAAUCAU